UUGUCCAGAAGAUACCAGCUUUAAUAGGAAAACUUGAAGAACUGUGUAGAAGGAGCACCGCAGACGAUACUUUUAUGACCAAAAAGCAACGGUCCACGUUUUGACGGCACCAAUAGUGACUGAGGAAAUUUGGCAGGACGCGGCUUCUGAAUAGAACCGCACUUUUUUUUGUCCCAAGACUUCAUUUAUCUUCAAGCCCUUGACUCUUCACAGAGGAAAGAAACAGUUUCUUUUUUGGUUAAUUUUUUAAGAAGUUUCUGGUGAAGUCCAGCUGUUAACGGAGAGCUUGAGAUUUACGUGAAUGGAAGACCUGGAAAAUGGGGUUUUACCUGAUGGGUGGAGGGUGGAGAUGAGAAUCAGAAAGAAUGGUACGAAAGAUAAGGUUUACAUUGAGAAGGUUGAAGCAGAAGGGCUACCUCCAGGAUGGAUUAAGGAAAUUAGGGUAACUAAGAAAGCAAAUAAAGUCAGAAAAGAUCCGGUUUACAUUGAUCCUGUCAGUGGAUAUUUUUUCCGUUCUAUGAGGGAUGCAUCUCGCUAUCUUGAAACUGGUGAGAUUGGAAGGUUGGCUUUCAAACCAAAGGACAAAGGCAGCAACAAUGUCAGGCAUGAUGAGGAAUUGGAAAAUGAUAGAUGCGAUUCACCUACUGUGGCCAAGAAACAGAAGUUAGAAGUCCCUGGAGCAGAAACACUGGUUGAAGAUCAGAGCAUGGCGCUGCCUACUGUGGUGGGGAAACAGAAGUUAGAAAGCCCUGAAACAAAAACACCCGUUGUAGAUCAGAGCACAGAGGUGAGUGAGCUAGCACAGAAUGAAGAUGCACUCAAUUCCGUCAAUACUGUAGAACACACUGAGAAUGAAGAUGCACUAAAUUCGGUGUGUACCAGACAACAGAUAUGCCUUGCUGAACAUGCUUUUGAUCAGAAUGGAGAGGGAAUUGUAUUGAGCUGCUCAAACGUUCCAGAUUCCAAUAAUAUGGAUGGGGAAAAAGAUUCUGAUAGAAGUGCUUCUCUUUCCACCUCUGCAGUUGAGGUACUCCCAGAUAGGCAGUCAGCUGAAGUUGGGGACAGAAGGGAUGAAAAUAAGAAGGCUGGACCUGGAAAGUGCAGAUCAAGGAAUAAAAAAGUGCUUAACUUGCCACGUCGGGCAUCGAAACGGCUUGCUGGAGUUGCAGCACUUGAUCCAACACCAGAACUAAAACCUAUUACCAGGGCCAGUCGAGCUGUAAAUAAACAGUCAGAUGAGAUAGUAGCCUCGACAGUUGAGGGUUCUUUCUCUGAUAGUUUGGCUCCUCCGGCAUCCCAACAACCUAAUAAACUAAAAUCUAAAUCAAAUCAUGCUUCUGACACUACUAAAAGCUCAGAUGAUUCCCUCAAAUCAAGUAAGGGCAGAUAUCUGUCUCAGGAUUCAAAUGAACAUGCUGAGAAGAUAGAAAUAGACUAUGACAGUGACAAGAAGCUAGGAUGCGAUGUUGUUUUGCCUCAGGGGAAUCAAGAUAAAGCUGAAGCUGACGGUAAGGUUGAUGCAAAGCCAGGUCCCCUUCUUGACUUGCCUUUUGAGGAAUUCUUAUCAGACCCUUGCAUUGCUUUUGCAAUUAAAACUCUCACAGGGGCAACUUUUGACACUUCUAACACCACUGAAAUGUCACUGGGAUCAGACAAUAGCAUAUUUGAGGGCUUUACUACUUCAGAAGAGCAUUCUGGAAAGAUAAAGACGGAGAAUGACGGAGUUGAGAAGCAUAACAACCUAGUUAUUCCGAAAGAACAAGCAGUAAAGGUUGAAAGCAGCUAUGAAACUGAUGAGAAGCCAGGACUUCCCCUUGAUUUGCCUUUUGCAGAUAUCUGGAGUGACCCAUGUAUUGAAUUUGCCAUAAAAACUCUCACCAGCUGAAAUCCAGUUGGGGAAAUCCAGUUGGGUGUGAUCUGGAUAUCCAGGAUUUCUUCCAGCAACAACUCGACACUUCACAAACAAGCAAACAAUAACUUCUACCAUUCUGCGUUCUUGUACCAACAAUUCAAUGUCUUAGAAAGCACGUGUUAAGAGAACAAGCACGUACUGGAUACGUAAGGAUACAAAGUUCAGUUGAAAAAGGUCUUUGCCAACGUGGUAAGCAUUAUAACGGAUGUCACAGAUAGACCAUCCUCCUGUACUAACUUCAGUUGUAUAGCUAUAAGGGUUCUGUAGAACAGAAUUUUGAACCUCUUGUGCUGUUUCCCUCUGUUGCGUAUCAAAUUUCUUCGUGUUGGACCUUCGCAGUCUUCAGAAUGAGCUUCUACAGUGAGCUCAGUCCUAGCUUGGGAGUCCAAUUUGUAAUCAAUCAGAUAGUUUUAGGAUGGCAGUGCUGGUGCUCACCAACUAAACUUGUGCCCUAGAAAUUUAAUUCUGCUCCUAUUUACUAA